GUUUAGAAGCCCUACCCAUGUACAAGCGUCUCGGUCUAUGUUCAAGAGUUUAAAUGUUGGCAAUGAGGUCUCGGAUGGCAUUAUUGACUGUUGGGCGGAGGUGCUGAACUUCCAGGAGAAAAGAAAAUCACGGGAGGCUUACAGUAGGCAAUUCUUUGGGACUAAAGUUGUGUUUCCAUGGAUGCUCACAACUGACGAAGGCGGGGUAGAGGCGCGGAUGCACAAGUUUCGGCUUGGGAUAAAGGGUGCGGUCAACAGAGUUGAUUACGUUCCUGAUUUCCGAAAUCAAGACAUUGUUUUCUUCCCUAUAUUGGAGCACAAACACUUUUACUUGCUAGUGUUUGAGUUACGCGACCCCGGGAUUUAUGUCAUUGAUAAUGACAAAGCCCGUCAAGGUCAGUUGAUAGAAGAUAGUGUCUACUACCUACACAAGGACACAGCGUAUAAGAUCAAAGAUAUGUUUGUGCAAUAUCUGCGGGAGGUUGGGAAUCCACGAGCCGAUGACAUAGAGUACUGCAACAUCCAGCGUAUGCCGGUUCCUUGGGCGACAACCGCAAACACAACUGAUUGUGGGGUCUUCUUGAUGCGGCACAUGGAGUGCUAUAUGGGGAAAAACCAAAGUUUUAACUGUGGGUUCAGCACGAGUGGGGCGAGGAAGAUGGCGGAGGUGAGAAAGUUGAGAAAGAGGUAUGCGGCGCACAUAUUAUGUUCGGAGGUGAAUGUGCUGCUGCCCAAAAUCAAGGAAGAUUGCCGAAUAGAGUAACACGUGUUAUGGUGGCUAACACAUGUUACUGUAGAACAAUUAUGCCUUAAUUUCGCCGGAUAUGUU